CUGCUGAUGCUGCUCAGUUUAAGAACAGGAUGCGUGAACAGUCGUCACGAGACCGCCGCGCGCAACUCCCUCACUACAGCAUCAAACGGAUAACGUCCCACAUUAUGGACACUCUGUCCUUUAUUUAAAUGAAAAGUGUGGUGUUUAAACCCUAAAGGCGCAGAAGAUGGGGGAUAAGUUCGAGUUGCUGAAGACACCUGUCAAUAGGACAGCUGCGCGGACGAAGAACAAGAAUGAGAAACUGCGAUUACGCGUCGUCUUCUUAGACGACAGUGAGAGAGUUUUCGAGGUGGAGAGAAAGAUUCUGGGUUCUGAUUUCUUCAAUAAGGUGUGUGGUCAUCUAAAGCUGCUGGAGAAGGAGUACUUUGGCCUGGAGUUUCGUCACCAUACUGGCAGCUAUGUCUGGCUUGAACUCCUGAAACCAGUGGCUAAGCAGAUCAAAAAUACCAGUGAUGUGGCGUUCCAUUUCAUAGUGAAAUUUUUCCCUCCUGACCCAGGACAACUGCAGAGAGGCUUAACCAGGUAUCUGUUUGCCCUUCAGAUCAAACAGGAUCUGUCAAAUGGCAGCCUCACCUGUAAUGAUAACAGUGCCGCCCUGCUGGUCUCUCAUAUACUGCAAGCAGAAAUUGGGGAUUAUGAUGAUGAGUUGGAUGCUCAUCAUCUUGAAAAUAAGCAAUAUGUGCCAAACCAGGAGUACUUGGACCACAAAAUCAUUCGCUUUCACAAAAAGCACAGAGGCCACACUCCUGCUGAAUCAGAUGUGCAUUUGUUGGAGGUUGCCCGGAAAAUGGACAUGUACGGGAUCCGUCCUCACCCUGCCCAUGAUGGAGAAGGCAUGAGAAUCAACCUCGCUGUCACACAUAUGGGGGUACUCGUUUUUCAGGGAAACACAAAGAUCAAUACCUUCAGCUGGGCCAAGGUCCGUAAGCUAAGCUUCAAGAGGAAACAUUUCCUGAUCAAACUCCACACUGAAACUGGGCCUUCGAGGAGGGACACUGUUGAGUUUUCUAUGGCCAGCAGAGAUGUGUGUAAGGCGUUCUGGAAAAUGUGUGUGGAGUAUCAUGCUUUCUUCAGACUUGCUGAGGAGCCCAAGUCACAUCAAAAGUCCAUUCUGUCUAGCAAAGGAUCCAGUUUCAGAUACAGUGGCAGGACACAGAAGCAACUUCUUGAGUGUGUGGGCUCUGGAGGCAAGAAACAUUUGCCUUUUGAAAGAAGUUACUGCAAGUCUGAAUAUGACACUCGACAAUGCAGAUCCUCUCCUGACAUACUAACUGACGUCUCUAAGCAGCUGUACGAGCAUCUACCUCCCAACCAAACUGUUGCCGGGCAACACAGCGAACAGACAGGCGUAGCAAAGCGCAGUCUAUCUGCGGUGGAAGUCAUGUUCACUAAUGAGCUUGAGCGAUCCAGGCCCUUGUUAAGAAAUCCUGCCUUCUCAAGCAACUCUGCCUCACCCAAGCUUCGUUCACUGUCUACAUCAGGAGUAGAACAUCGUGGUAGAGGAGCCCAGAGACAGAAGGCAAAGAGACGAUUGUCUCCCAACGCCCAGCAUCUCGUGCUCCUCUAUCCUAACACGCCCCACCUCCAGUUCCACCCUGUUCUGCCCACUUUCCCACUCGCCACUCACCCGUACAUACUGCAAGACCACACGUCUUCAUCCCUAGACCGCCUCCCUCAAACCCAUCACAACCAUGUGCCUCUGCAAUACUUGCCCAGACGAAUUGCCCACUCGUCCUUGCCAUCCUCUUGCUUGUCGCCACAACUUCAGAAGCAGCAGGAAAGGCUCCGUCCUGCUGGACUGGGAUUAGCCGAAUCGAGAUACCCCAGAGGAGGACUAGGGCUGAGGGCUGGGUUGAAUAGGAAACUGGACUUGAGUAGAGUUGAAGCAGGCCAUUACAGCGACGACUCCACCUUUCAGACUGGCUUGCCGCGUCGAGCCUCAAGCCAACCAGACUUCAAAUUCCAGCGACCUACACUUGCCUCAAACGCCGCUGCAUAUGCAUCCGAGUAUCGCCCGCUGGGAUAUUAUCCACAUCUUUCUCGGCACCAGGUUCCUGCCAGGCCCACCUACCUUCCUCUAAGUCCUGCCCCUCUCCCAGAAAGACCCACUUCUUUAUGCGUACUUGGCACAAGUAGUUAUAGUGAUUCGGAUUCAGACACCUUCUACCCAUAUUUUCCUGCACUGGGUAAAGUGGUACGUUCUGGACCACUGGCACGCAUGCGCUUCUCUUCUGGAAGCCUCCAACUUGAUGAAGAGGAUGGAGAGGAAGAGGAAGAGGAAGAGGAAUGCCCGAAUGAUCAGGAAAACACAACUCUCACCACUGUUAAGGUGAUGAAGUUGUAGUAGCCAUGCUCAGAAUUUUGGAGCCCUAAAUGAUGGGGCUCAACAAAUAAUAUAAACAGUUAAAGGCACAAUAUGUAAGAUUUUUAGGUUAAAAUAACCAAACAUUACUAGAACAAUGUUAUAUAUUUUGUUGACUUGUGUACUUACUUUUCCAAUGAUGUUUAAAUCCAGAGAAAUUGCGUCGCCUGUCAACUACGUCUACCAUCGAUUUCCAUUUUACAAAUAUCGAUCUAGAUUCCUGCAAAGUGCAACAAGUCUCUCAUAGCUAGUGUUGUAGUCUAGACCACCUAAUCCAAGAGCAAGUCAUGACCAAGACCAGUAUGUGUUCAGACCAAGACUUUUAGGGUUUGAGACCAAGACAAGACCAAGACCAAGGUAGGGUGAAAGCGAGUCAAGUCCAAGACCAGAUAGUCUGAGACCAAAUACAGUCAAGACCAAGACAACACCUUCAAAAAAAAUGGUCUUCUUAAGACCGGUCUCAAGAUCAAGACCGGUCUUGAGUACUACAACACUACUGAGUGAACCCAUAGGGUAACGCUAUAGUGUCAACACACUCAAAUGUAUUUAGUAUGGUUGUUUUAACCAUGUAAAACAGUGCUGCGUUACCCCACAUACGCAAUGAAAAGAGCAGAAGUGGCCGACUGCAGCAUAAGCAUAAUAAAAGCUCCGCUGGACUCGAAAUCGGUGUGUAUCGCAGGUGUCUUUCAUUAGCAUUUGCUCCAACGGCCUCGUUCCACUCCCACAGCUCUCGACUCGUCCUGCUUCAUACCACAGUAAUGUUAAUAAAACUUUAAUACAUUAGCUCAUCCAUGAAUGUGAUUUCUGCCCGCGUCCGUCAGAUUCCUUACCAUCGGCUAGCUGUGGAAGUGAAGACGACAUGCAAAUCCCAUAAUUCCACACUCAUUUACGGCGUCAUCAAGUUACACCUUUGUUUUGAAUAAGCGAACUCUAGUGGCGAAAAUUACAUAUUGUGCCUUUAAGAACUGCAGGCAUUGCACUCUCAGAAGAAAUGGUACAAAUCUGUCACUGGGGCGGUACCCUUUUGAACCUUAUUUAGCCCUAAAAGCCUGAAAGGGUACUACCCCAGUGACAGCUUUUGUGCCUUUUUUUCUGUGUGGUAGUAACAAAAACAGAGGGGCACAUUAUUAAUCAGGUGACAAGAGGUAAUAUUUUCUGUAAAUAAAAAAAAAAAAAAGAAAUAUUUCAUGUCUUUUUUGCAUCUCUGAUCAAAAGUUAUAUUUUGUUGUAAGCUGCUUUGAAUAUAUGUAAAGGUAUAGUUCACCCUGAUAUGAAAAUUCUGUCAUCAAUUACUCACCCUCAUGUCAUUCCAAACCUGUUUGACUUUCUUCUGUGGAAUACAAGAAGAAAAGGAUGAACUGGAUCAAAUCGAUACCUGAGUGAAUCAUUCAGAAUGGUUUUGUGAAGUGGAUCAACUGAUUGGAAAGAUCUGAGUCAGAAAACUCAACACAUGAAUCAGACAUGAAAAGACUUGAUAGGAUUUCUUUCAAAACUGUGUUGCACGGAAUUUGAAAAAAAAAACAUGAGGUUAUGUAAAUGAUGACUAAAGUGUCUUGGGUAAACUAUACUUUUAAUGAGUCAUUAUUUCUUAAAAUGUACUGAGUGAAUAAUCAUUCUGUGGUGAUUCUGAGUAA